AUGGUGACAGGGAAACUGGGUGGUGCAGCAGAGUGUCACAUAGCAACGGUUUGGGGUGUUCAUAUUUUGCAAAGAAUGAAUGGCUGUGAAUCGGAUGAUGAGACUGGAGAAAUUAAUGGGUUUAAUCAAUAUGGUUAUGAUGGAGAAGACUUUCUAGCUUUUGACCUGCAGACAGUGACAUGGAUUGCUCCAAAACCACAGGCUGUCAUCACCAAAAUGAGAUGGAAUACUGAAAAAACUCGAUUGGAAUACAGUAAAAACUUUUUCAUCUCUAAAUGCCCUGAGUUGCUAAAGAAAUAUGUGCACUAUGGGAGGGACUUCCUGCAGACAGAAGUCCUUCCUUCAGUGUCUCUCCUCCAGAAGACUCCCUCCUCUCCAGUCAGCUGCCACGCUACAGGUUUCGAUCCUGACAGAGCCGUGAUGUACUGGAGGAAAGAUGGAGAGGAGAUCCAUGAAGGUGUAGACCAAAGAGAGAUCCUUCCCAACAAUGACGGGACCUUCCAGAUGAGUGUUGAUCUGAAACUUUUAUCAGUUACACUUGAAGAGUGGCAGAGGUACUACUGUGUGUUUCAGCUCUCUGGAGUUAGUAGCGACAUUAUCACCAAACUGGACAAAACAGUGAUCAGGACCAAUCGGGAGAAGCCCACUGACAUGGUGAUCUUCAUCAGUGCUGCAAUGGUUGUUCUAGUUUUCAUCCUCAUCGCAGCUGUGGUAUCUGUAGCUUACAAAAAGAAGAAAGGUGAGAAAUCUAAAUGGGAAAAAUAUAUAUUUUUAUUUUUUGAAUUCGUGAAUCCAUACUGUCACAUGAGUUUGGUUACAAAUGGCCAAAAUCUAAAAUGA